UCAAGUCUGUCAUUUUAGUUUUACGGAAGAAAAAUGGUCGGUUUGCUCAACUCUGUUGUUUUCUUUUAGAUAUUGACUAAAAAAUUAAUAGGUGUGUCUCAAACAUGACUGAUAAGGAAAUUUCGGUGGAGGAACUAGAGGAAACGGUGAAGCGGACAGAUGAACAGCUAGACCUGAUGGAGUGGAAGAUGGACAAUGUCGAGAAGGAGCUGGUGCAGCCCAUUAAUACGCAGGACAUGUGUAUUAUGCACCUGCUGAAGUCUGUCUCCGAGGUGCGCUCGGACUACCAGCAGCUGCGGCGCGAGCUGGUGGAGGUGCAGGCCUUGCAGAGGGAACUGUCCUCGAGGCUCCGCACGCAGCUGCGGCUGGUGCACGGCAAGUUCGCAAGACUCCGCCAGCGACUGGCCGCAGCCUCCCCGCCCCGCUGAACUGAUACCCCACCUCUCAUGUCUAACAAAUCUCAAGAGACAUUACAAUCUUGGGUUGAACCUUAAAAAUUUUAGUGGAACCUUUAGGAGUAAUAAAAUCGUUGAAGUUUUUCAUUACUUUCGACGGAAAAUAUGAUUAUGGAACUUAAGUCUCGUCGUGUGGGAUGCUUUCUGUUACAAAGUUCGCUUUUAAUGUUACGUUUAACGUUUAAAUUGUAUUUUAGCAGUUUCGUCACUGUGUCUGUCUAAAUUUUAUUCUACGUUGGUUAUGCAGGCCUAAUUGAUGUUUAUUGAAUUUGUAUGCGUAAUCCAUGUUUUUAAUGUUAUUUAUUACGAUUAAAAACGAAUUCUAAAUUGAUUGUUUAGAUAGGUAAUGAGAGUAAGGACGAAAAAUAUCAAAAUUAAUAAAUUAAAUGUUAAUGUUAAACGGACAUGAGAGGUUUGGCCUCUUCCAAGUAUCUGCUCUACGAUUAGUUGGAUUAGUGCCCUAUAGAAGGUAUGGUAUUAACGUAACUAUGUGCCAAUGUUCUAUCUAGAUAAUGUAACAGUUAGCAUAGCGGCACUUUACUAACAUACUCUUGAUCUCACAUCAAAGGUUCAAGCGAACUUCCUGAUUUUCAUAUACGAACUUAGUAAUCGUAUCAUCUGUGUUUAAUCGAUUAGACAAUCAUUCCUUUUCUGGUUUCUUGUAUGAAAGUCAGUAUGUCGCGUAACCUCACCACCACUAGUCGAUAUCUAAUAUUAAACCCAAUAGUUAUGAGUGUUUGUAUGUAGUAAGUUGGUGCUAAAAGACGAAGGUCUAAGAUGUGUGAGGGGUUGGAUUCAGCGGUUAGGCAGUAAGGUAGGCCUCGGGAAGAGUACGGUAAUUGACUACUAGUCAAAUACAAAACGUUAAUUUUUAUGAGUUAUUUUUUAAUCAAAUGUAUUCCUUCGAAUAAAUAGGUUAAAAUAUCUUGGAGUAAUUCCAGGUGAUUUUUAUAGUAUUUAUUUUAUGUUAAAAAUAAUUAAGAAAAUCGAGGCAUUUUUGUAACACGCGUGUCUUGUAUGGUCUCGGAAUGUUUAAAAAAGGCCAAACGAUACAAAAAGUACUAAAGCAAUAUUUGACCUUAGAAUCAAAUGAAAAGGUCAAUUCAGUGCGCAGCGGGAACGAAUUUAAUGUCGAGUGCUAAACGAAUAAUAAUUAUAAUAAAAUGUAGUCGAAUUGUUAGUUUAUAUAAUUAUUUUUUCUUAUUAGACGCUUUGCAUGAAUGUAUGAAAAUGAAAUGAUCAUAUCUCGCUUUCAUCUUUAUGAUUUAGGAGAUGGCACAAAUACUUAAAUUAUAAGAUGCUCAUAAACUCUAUACAUAUUGUAGAUACGUAAAACGAUGGCGACAGUGUCAUCGAAAGUGUUGAAAUGUUCCAACUGUAAUGUGGUCAUAAACGAGGUACUGUCUUUCGUCUGUAACAAGCUAGACGUGAUGGACGAAGAAAGUAUUGGUAGAAUAUGUGUGAGUGCUUUUACUGAAGAUGAUAUAACGCAGGCAAAGAGUUUACUAUUUGACUCUCUGCCUACAUCGAGGCGAAAUAUUACAAGAAAAGGAAAAAAGAAAACUGCAUGUGAUAUUGACGACAUAAUAUGUCUACUAAAAGAAAUGGACCCUGAACUGAUACCAACUUUCGUUGCGCGGGAUCUACAUAAGCUUCC